AUGUCGUCACCUCUGCCCCCCUCCCUGGACGAUGAUAAACCCAAAAAACUUCCUCUUUCCCGCAAGCUCGUUUUACUGGUGAUAUUAUGCCUUUCUCAGUUUAUGGAUACCUUCAGUACCUCAGCUCUCUUGUCUGCGAUUCCUAAACUCCAGACAUCCAUGGGCAUGAAUGAAGCUCAGUCCACUUGGGUGAUUAGUGCAUUCCGAUUGACUUUUUCAUCAUUCCUGCUUAUUAGUGGCCGUCUCAGCGACGUAUAUAACCCGAAAACUGUGUUCAUCGGAGGAGCGUCCAGUCUUGGCAUCCUCUCGCUGUGUGCCGGAUUUGUCGACAACACAAUUCCGAUCCUUGUUUUUAGAGCAAUGACUGGAAUAGCUUCUGCAAUGACGAUUCCCUCUGCCAUAAAACUCCUGGUUAAGAUAUUUCCUGAUCCGCUUGAACAAGCUCGGGCAAUGGGGUUCUUCUCAAGCUGUGGUGCGAUUGCCAACAUAAGCGGUGUCGUGGUUGGUGCAAUGUUCGUCCAAUGGGUUUCUUACCAUUGGGUCUUCUGGUUUGUAACCUGUGUGGCUCUUCCGGUGGCUCUGGUCGGUGUUUUCAUCAUACCGUCACAAAUCGGAGAGACUGCAGACAGUCUUGAGCCUAAAAAGGCGAAAUGGAAAACUCUUGAUUUGGUUGGCAUAGUCAUUUUAACUGUUGCCUUUAUCUUAUUCAUCUUCGCCAUAACAUCCGGUUCGACUGUUGGUUGGAAAUCCCCCAUGGUGCUGGUCCUCCUGAUCGUUUCGAUUUUAAUGAUGGUUGGGUUUUUCUACUGGGAAACACUCCUACCAGCGAACGAAGCUGCAAUACCACCCCAGACGUGGUUCUACAGCAACUUCUCCGUUCUGCUCGUCGUUGGAUUCUUAUGUUUCUGGUGGAAUGCAGUGAUGUUCACUUUUAGCAUCUUGUGGCAAAAUGUGUUUGGGUGGUCGGUAAUGUCGUCGGCUGUCCAUAUGAUACCAAUUGGCAUCAUAGCCUUCGCUACGAGUUUCACAAGUCCACUUUCUCGCAUCUUCAGUCCCAAGUGGAUUAUUCUCACUGGUCUAUCAUUGUGCAUGGUCGCCACCGUAUUGCUCGCGCUCGGUGGGGGAAAGCCCGAGAAUUAUUGGCCGUAUGUGUUCCCCGCAUUUUCAAUAGGCAGCGUAGGAGUCAUGUUGCUUUUUACACAUUCAAACAUUGCUAUUUAUCGAUCUGUGCCUUCAUCCAAGGCUGGCACAGUUGGGGCUAUCUACAGUAGCGCGCUUCAAUUAGGAUCCGGAAUAGGCCUCGCUGCUAUGAGCGCGAUAGAGACAUCGGUGGAGGCUACCCAUGGGGGUUCGCACGAGUAUGCUGGACGAGCUGCGACGUUUUGGUUCCUCCUCGGAGUUGUCGCUCUUCAAUUCAUUUCAUUAUUGGUCUUUUACGAUCGCAGCGCGGAUCACAAGCCCCAACCAACGCAUGACAGCCUCCCUACACAACAGAUAACGCACAGUGACGAAAAGCUCGACGAGGAGAACGUAACCACCUUGCCCGAACUGAGCUAA